AGGCAUUCACCCCAUGUCUCCUGAAACAGGAGGACCAUGACAUCAUGGAAGCUGAUCUGGACAAAGAUGAACUGAUCCAGCCCCAGCUUGGAGAACUCUCAGGAGAGAAGCUUCUGACCACAGAGUACCUGGGGAUCAUGACCAACACAGGGAAGACAAGGCGGAAGGGGCCGGCCGGUGUGCUGCGGGGCGGGGAUGAGCCGCUGCGAAGGCCUGUCACCCCCAGUGGCCACAGAAACGGGUACCCAGUGCUGGAAGACCAUCACACACCUCCCCAGACAGCCCGACAUGCCAGGAACGACUGCCCACGGGCCCUGCCAAACACUCACGAGGCUGUCUCCGGUGAGGGCAAGCCCAGCACCCCUGAGUCCCGCGUUUCCUCUUCAUUGGCCAUCAACGCCAGGCCCAGAGAGUGGCGGCCAAGAGGAUGUCAGGAAGAGCCUCGCCCGGCCCGCACAGGGACCCCCAGCCAGCCGAGGGAGGCGCCCCAGGACCCAGGCAGGAGAGAGAUCACCAGGUAAG